UUAUCAAGUGAUUGUGAUACACAAGUCCCAUUGCAAUUUGACACAAAUAUCUUACUCUACUACAUCUUUCCCCUCUCUCCUCACCCACACUCAUUUCCCGUCCUCAAAACCCCUAAAACCCUUCCUAAAACCUCACCGUCCCCAAUCACCGCCACGACCAUGAACACCGGCGGCGGCUCCCCCUUCACCUCCACCACUGCCACUCCGAGCUUCGACAACCUCCUCCUCCAAUCCCUCAUGUCGCGCCUCCAGCUCCGCCCCCCCGGCCUCCAGUCCCCCUCGCCCUUCGCCGCCGGGAAGUCCCUCGAAGACCUCCUCCUCUCCGAUCUUCUGCUCAACCUAUCCGACUCAGGCUCCGAUUCUGAAUCCGACGGCGACCUCUCCUCCUCCAAAACCCAACUCUCCAGGGAGGAAUCCCGGCUCGAGAAGGAGAUCGUCCGCACAAUCCUCUCCGGCGAGAUCGAGAAGCUGAAACCUAAUUCCGGCCAGGCGGUAACGAUCGGCGAGCACCACAUCUGCGUGGGGUUUCAGGAGGAGAUCGGGUCGGAUUACCGGGUCUGGGAGUGGCACGGGCAUAUCAUGCUGUUUGAUGAGGAGAACGGGUAUACGCCGGAGUAUAUUUAUGGGAAUUACUUCGAGAGGCUUGGCGCAGGAAAGAGGAAAAUUACGAGCGAGGAUAAGAAGAAACGCAGUGUUGAUGAUGACGAUGAAAAGGCCGAGGAGGCUGAGAAAGUAACGAAUGGAGGGCUGAAAGAGCUGAUCGAAAGUGGGGAAUCGGGCAGUGGGCUGAUCCUUCAUCGGAAUAUGAAUGCGAAAUCCGGUUCGCCGAGGUUUUCACAAUACUAUGCAUCAAUGAGCCGGCAUCUGAAUGCUUUCUCUGUGAAUGAUCGAUUAGCCGAGAUCCCAAAAAAAGGGAAAAUUAGGAAAAGAGAAAAACAAAACAAAACACAACAAACUGCCCUAAGAGCUCGUGAAUUUGGUAACCGCCUUAGUUCCCUCGGAAACGGCGUGCUUGGCGAGCUCGCCAGGGAGGACGAGCCUGACGGCGGUCUGGAUCUCGCGCGACGUUAUCGUCGGCUUCUUAUUGUACCGCGCCAGCCGCGACGACUGGACGGCCAGCUUCUCGAAUAUGUCGUUGAUGAAGCUGUUCAUGAUUCCCAUGGCCUUGCUCGAGAUCCCGAUGUCCGGGUGGACCUGCUUCAGCACCUUGAAUAUGUAGAUCUUGUACGUCUCGCUGUUCUUCUUCACCUUCUUCUUCCUCUUCCCAUCGCCGCCCUCCUUCGAGAUCUUCUUCUCCGCCUUCGGCGGCAUUUUCUCCGCCGUGGAUGGCUUCUUCUCAGCCUUGGGAGCCAUUUGGUUAUCGUUUUCUCCGAUUCGGAAAAUUUGGAGGACGAGAAAUUAGCGGGAUUGAUUAGAAUUAUUUAUGGGUAG